UAUUAACCUAUCAAAUAAAUCUGACAACCUAUAUGAUGUGAAGUGUACAAUUUCACUGCAUAAUUAUAAUUACACAGGAUGCUGAAAUAUCACCAAACCCUCAAAUUAAAAUUGGUUCUAGUUUAAAAAAGAAAUUGGGUAACGGGUAUGAAGGAACUUUAUGCGUUCAUGUUCAUGUUAUAUAUGCAUUUUUUGUGCACAAUAAAUCGCUUGAAUUCUGAUAAAACGCGCAUUGCGAUUUGCAUUUGGAGCUGAAGACCAUCGAGACGAUAUCGAGGAGGCACCACAUUUACAUUUGUCUAAAUGCUCUUUUUUAACAUCGCACAAAUGAAUAGGACAAGCGGUUACAGAAAAUGGAUGGAUGGACGGACGGACGAAAUAACUUAAGUCGUCCUUUAAGAGGCGAGUCGGCCCUCCCGCGGCUAACAAACCCCCCUCCCCCCGCGGCGCUUGUUUUCAUUCAUAAGUUUCGCCGUCCUCCAGCGGCGCGUCUCCGGCCGUGUUUAUCAGUCACUCCCCCGCUCCCUAAGCCGGGCGCCCGUCCUUCCUUCCCCCGGCACUCGGCCGCGCUUGCGAUCGCAGUUUACUGCCGGCUCACGGAAAGGCUUGUGCGGAUAAAGAAGCCGCGCAGAGGACGCGUUAGCUGGAUUUCUGGAGGACUUUUACCCAUCAUUGUCAAGACCAAAUAUAGACUGUAUUACUGCCUGGGACAGUCCUGGGUGCAAAACGGACAAAUACAUUAAUCAAGGAUUUCCGAUGCAUGCCAAGUCCACAGUGAGUGUCGGAAGUGGUGAUCGGCCCAGAUGGAAGUCCAAAGUCAACACGGCCCUGGCGGUGUACUGGUCGUAAUCCAGCAGCCCCCGCGGGGGGGCAGGACCCGGCUAGACCGCGAUCGGGAAGUCCAGCGCCCCGCCGUCCUCUCCCUGGACCAGAUCAAGGCCAUUCGCUCAUCAAACGAGUACACAGAAGGGCCCGCGGUGGCCAGACGGCCCCCGUGCCGGACAGGGAAGCCGGAACGCACGCACGAGGUCGUCGGCGUCAACAACAACUGCGAGCGCGGGGUCCCGGUGCCCCCGCGGCAUGUGGGCCGGGCGCCGCCGCUUAGCCGCUCCACCAGUUCUGGGAGCUCGGGCAGCGGCUGCUCUGAGCGGGGUCUCCUGGGACGCUCGCCGCCCAGCCGGCCCGAACGGGGUCGGCCGCCAGUGCUCACCCAGCCGGGGCCCGGCGUGGAGUCGCUAAAGCCGGCGGUGAGAGCGACGGACGAGGCCGACGAUGCGCACCGCUUCAUCUGCGAACGCUGUGGCCGGUGUAAAUGUGGCGAGUGCACGGCGCCCCGCACCCUGCCCUCCUGCCUGGCCUGCCGCGGCUUGUGCCUUUGCUCGGCGGACAGCGCCGUGGAGAACGCCACGUGCAUGUGCCUGGUCAGGGCCCUCUUCUACCACUGCUCCGACGACGACCAGGGCGACUCCUGCGCGGACAGCCCCUGCUCCCUGUCGCGCCCCCACUGCUGCUCGCGUUUCCUCUCCAUGGGGCUCCUCUCCGGACUCCUGCCCUGCCUGCUGUGUUACCCCCCCGGCAAGGGCUGCGUCAGGGCCUGCCAGGGCUGCUACGACCGGGCCAGGCGACCCGGCUGCCGCUGCAAGCACUCCAACACCGUGUACUGUAAGCUGGAGAACUGGUCACCGAAGGGUCCCGCGAAGGCCUCCUGAUCCGGGAAGGAAUUAUAUAAUCGCUGUAUUAUUACUAUAAUUAUUAUUAUAGUGUGUCAAAAUAUUAGUGCCUGUCGAUUUAAAUCCUACGUUUUGGCCAAGAAACCACUCUUUACUUUUUUGGAUCCUUCUUCGCUUUUUGAGACAGGACCUUUGCUCCAAACCAGUGUUUGCCUUACUGGCGCUGCGUGUCAUCCGCAGACAGUCGUCGGCGCUUUUGACACGUUAAGGUCCCCCCUAGUUCAGUUCUACCUUCGCUUGCCUGAAAGCCCCUUACCAAAUCUGUGAAGGACUAUCUCUAGACAAUAUGUAGCUGUUACCAGAUCACCGUGGCAACCGGACUGUCCUGGAGUCACUGGUUAGCGACGCAUUUAAAGUUGCGCCUGGUGGUUCCUUAGUGAUAUUUUGUACAGGACAUUUUUUUUUGUUUGUUUGUUUUCACUCAUAUUUCACAUUUGUUCUGUUCAGACACCACAACUGUGGCUUUUUUCCUUUUGUAAAUGUUAUAUAUAAAACCUAAAGAUGAAUAAUGGCUAUUUUUUAAAGAAAAAGUCAGUUAAAACCCCUUUGGUUGUAAAGAAUAUUUAUUAUGUGAAGCUUUAUUAUUUUAUGAUAUUUAUUGCAAAAGACAGUCUUGAAAUUUUACUCAUGUCUGAAUAUAACAAAACCCAAUACUUACUGAAAAAAUAAAUGGUGAGACAAACUGUUAACUAUAAUGCAGAAAAUAUAUUAAUUAAUGAACAAA